GAAUCAACAGAAUGAACAAAUGGCUGCAUAAACGCAUUAAUAAUUAGUCACUGUUUGUCAUAUUAUUUUAAUUCAAUCUUCUUGCUCUAACCCAAACAAGACCAGUAGCACAAAAAUGGCAUUGAGAUCCAGUUUGGCCAUUGCACUCAUUUUAGCGGUGGUCCAUGUAACCCCAUCGGGUGCAUUUCUUAAUAUUAUUGAAGACAUCGUGAUGGGCAUAGUUGAAGCAGUGGAUGAAUAUUUCGAGGACUAUGACAAUGGGACAGAAUCUAAAGAUUUAGACUGGCUGUAUGAGCUCCUUGUACUUGAUGAAGGCUGUGAUUCAAACCCCUGUCAGAAUGAGGGCAUCUGCACAGCCACAACUGGACACUACAAGUGUACUUGCAAGGAGCCUUAUACAGGAAAGAAAUGUCACAAAGUGAAAACUUAUUGCAAGAAAGCUAAAUGCAGGAAUGGAGAAUGUGUGCUGACUACAUCUCCUCCAUACUACAAGUGCAAAUGCAAACAUCCAUUCCAAGGAGAACAAUGCCAAAAAUCUUUCUCUCCAUGUGAUCCAAAUCCCUGUCAGAAUGGUGGAAGCUGUGCUAAGGGGGCAACCAGAUCUCGGUUUACCUGUAUUUGUCCGGCAUCUUUUAACGGAAGGUUCUGUGAAAAUGGUCCCAAUGACUGUUACUCUGGAACUGGUGACACCUACAUGGGCAAGGCCAGCAUCACAGAGGAUGGGGAACCCUGCCUUUACUGGAACUCCUACAAGGUCCUUCAGGAAGAAGUUAAUCCUUUUACUGAUGAAGCGAUUGAAGCAGGCCUUGGGGAGCACAAAUACUGCAGGAAUCCAGACUCUGAUGUAAAACCCUGGUGCUUUUUUCUCAAGAAAAAUAAGCUGACAUGGAACUAUUGCAACAUUUCCCAGUGUGACGCUGUUUCCACACAAACUACAGCUCCACCUCCAGAACAAACUACACCUGCAGCUAGUGAUGAAAUUGCACCAUCUGCAAUGUUUGAUACCUGUGGGAAGCCAGAUUCAUCACGUGUUAUGCCUCGGAUUUACUGGGGCAGGAAAGCCCUUCCUGGUUCACAUCCAUGGCAGGUAUCCCUCCAGCUGAAUGAACAAGUUGGUGUCCAUGAACCUGGCCACCAGUGUGGAGCGAGUUUAAUAAAGUCCUGCUGGGCUUUAACAGCUGCACACUGCAUAUUUGCAAAGCCAUCCCAGUAUUCAGUCGUUCUGGGAGAUGAGAAUCUGAGCAAGCCAGGACCUUAUGAGCAGGUUCUUGAAGUUGAAGAGAUAAUAGUGCAUGAAAACUACACAGAAACGAACGAGGCUUUGUACAAUGAUGUAGCUUUGCUGCGGCUGAAGCCAACCAAUGGUCACUGUGCCAAUGAGAGCGAGUAUGUCAAGACAGUUUGCCUGCCAGAGGAGCGGCUGGGCGACGGCACACAGUGUACCAUCUCGGGAUGGGGUGCUACAGAAAAAGCUUAUCUUUCAAACAAUCUUUUGGAUGCCAAGGUACUUCUUAUUUCCAAGGAGCGUUGCACAAGUAACAAAUCCUAUGGAGACAGAUUGGACGACAGCAUGUUUUGUGCUGGAAACCUAAAGGGUGGACCGGAUUCAUGCCAGGGAGACUCUGGUGGGCCACUAACUUGCUCACGCAAAGGAGUACAUUACCUCUAUGGCGUUGUGAGCUGGGGUGACAGCUGUGGCGUGAAGAAUAAACCAGGAAUCUACGCUGACGUCCUUCACUUCAGGGACUGGAUAACAUCGAAAAUUAAUUGA